AUGAGUGUGGCUUCCGAAACAAACGACGAGCGCGUGUUGGCGCGCAUAAAAUCAUACAACGGCGGCAAGCCGUCGCAAGAGUCCGACGUGGUGCUUGUGAAUGGGAAACCCAUCAUGUGCCGUCGAUGCAAGCGCAAGAGACUCAAGUCUGAGGCGCCCGAGCACCUUCAAUUCAAGACGUGCAACCCGUGUCGGGUGAUUGAGAGAGCACAGAAAAGGCGGGGGACCAAAACCCCGGUGUACAAGAGCAAGGACGACUUCGAGACCUUGAGACAAAUAAAGCCUCUUUCUCGCGACCAAGAGGACGAUUCGGAUGCAAGACAGGACACGCCCAACCAGUCGGAGUCGGUUGCAGAGUCGAAUUCCGGUAAGUCGUCGCCUGGAGCCGCGCAGGGAUCUGAGAUCGAGCCGGAAUUACAAACACAGUCGAAUCUGUCAGAACGAUCGGUUUCAGUCGCAUCGAACGCACAGAUGGGCAGUUUCAAGGCACUCCCAAAUACCAAGUCCGAGCUACAACAACACCUCUACUACAACUGUCAGAUCGACCAGAAGUACCAGAUCGGACAACAGGACUUGCAUCGACCGGAGUCCAUAUGUAUACACUGUGGAGGAGACACCCAAGGAUACGCAGAUCUGUGUUAUUCGUGUGAAAAUAGAGACUCUGUGAUCAAGUCGUUUGACUAUUAUUUGCUCGUGUUGCAGCUGAAUAGCGAACAGGAGCUGUGCAACAUUGUUUUCUCCACGAUUCUUCCGCAAAACCAGCUUUUCUCUACCACCCCGACCGAGGAAAAGUCGGCCGCCUCGAUGCUUCUUCGACUCUACGAAAAAUACAUUCUCCCCAUCAGCAAAGCCACAGGAUACGAUUUCAUAUAUCAGACCGAGUCCGAGUUCCCGCAAAAGUACAAAGACCCGGACCGGUUGGUUGUGAGAGAGACGCUCAAGUGCGUCAACGAGAUCGACCUGCUGUUCCAUAACGACGAUAUCGACUCGGAGCUCAUGGCCCUGCAGUCCACGUCUCCAGACCAACCCGCUUCGAAAACCCCGUGCCACUCGCACCUGUUUCUCUCAUACAACGGCCAUACUGGUAGAUUGGUGAUUAGCUUCACCCAUCAGCCUCACAAAUAA